UAGGAUCAGCCAUCGCGCAGCUGCCGGGCAUCUUCUACAUGCUUCAUCUUCAAAGCUGCGGAGGGACUUUGCCCGUUGUUGGGACUUCAGGCGGCGGAGGGCGAGUGUUACCCCGGAAUUUGGGUUGGAUUCGUGCGAAGCUGCCUUGAGCGCUUCUUUGGGGGUAGUCUUGUCCUUUUGUCAGAUAUUUCCACAGCUGGAUGAAGCCCGCAGACCUCCCGAAAGCCAGGGGGCGGCAAAGAGACAUUUUCCCUUUGCCGUCAUGCCGCAGUUGGCCACUGAGCCCACCCUGUCAGAGCACGUUGCUUUGCUUCUGCUGAAUCUCUGCUUGGCAGCCUUGAACACGCUGGCUAUGGAUAUCAGGCCUGGUUCAAGGGAAAAACUCUGCAGAUCUGCGUUUACAAGUGCUCAGCGAGCGGCGCACGAGCACAUUGCGCAGAGUUGCGUGCGUUUUCUGCACGAGCUGAAACAGCACCAGGGUGGUACUUUUUCUUGGCGUGGCAGCUUCCAAGCUUUUGAGUCCAAGGCUGUUUGCAGUCGACUUGCCCACCCAAGCCGGCACAUGCGACCCUUUCGCCUUGCUGCCUGCAGAUCUCGCAAGUGACAUCAGGAGCAUGCAGGCAGUUUUUCCCACUUCUGCUGUCCCUGACCACAGCUAUGAGUUCACCGGCGCGUCCCGCAUUGAGUAUGCCAAGUUGGUUUUGCGGCAGUUGAGAUGCGGCAAGGUGGCGCUCAGACGGCAGCGCAGGGCCUUGGGAGAUGUUUUCUGCGUUGCCAAGUCAACCCCUGGAAGGCAGAGGGAAGUUUGGAACAGCUCAAGCACGCGAAUCCCAGCUGCUGCACCGACUUGCUCUUCAGGGCAGAGGAAGAUGUCUUCAAGUCGAAGCGGGAUGUCCACACCUGCUUUGACGUCUUGAGGGCACCUGCGCACCUGCAAGAGUGGUUUGGCAGGCCGCCUGUGACUCUUCAUGAGUUGAGCCAGAUUGGUCAGGCGAGCCCGCGCAGUUUGCAGCAGUGUGUUGUGGAUACAGAUGGUGGUACAGUUCCUCUCUUCACACCUUUGUUUCCCACGAGCACAGUUUGGCCAAUGGGUCUCAGCUGGAGCUCCUGCGGAGAAUGCAUUUUUGACGCUGGAGUCUCCCCCGCCUUUGGGCUUCGAGGCGUGCGGCGUGGCUACGGAUGACACAUUCUGUUUCCACAAAAGCGAAUCCCUUGGCAGAGAGCGGCUGCGAAGGUUGGAUGCUGCCUUUGAGCGGCACGGCGUGCCCAAGAACGCGGAGAAGGAUGCAACGCUGGCAUCUGCUAUGAUAGCUCUGGGGUGCCAGCUCACUGCGCGACCCCCUGCUGCGGAGCCGGUGAGUUCAAAGCUCGUGCCACUUUUUGGCGCACUGUUGGAUGUUUUCUUGGCUGGAAAGGCUUCCCCGCCAGGCCUGAACCGAGCUUUGGUGGGCCUUGAGCAAUGGUUUUGCCUUCUGACCAGGGCCAUGUUCAGCGUGUUUGACAGCACGUAUGCUUUUGUCCGCCGCGAGUGCGCGGAUCAAAUCCAGUUUUUGCCGGACAAGGCUCGCGCCGAGCUGGUUUUAGCUGCCUUUUUGAUGCCGCUUCUGGGUGCUGAUUUAGGGCGUGAGUUUCUUCCUGCUAUCACUGCGUGUGAUGCUUCACCGGCUUUUGGAUUUGGUGUCAGUUGCACGAAGUGCUCGAAAGGCGCAAGUCGGGUCACUCUCUGAGAGGCGAGGCGAUUUCGUCCGCUUCUUUUCGCCUUCGCAGGCAUCAGACAGAGAUCGCAUAGGCAAACCUCACACGUUGCCUUUCAGUCAAAGCAGAUUUUGCGACGCUAUCAGCGCCAAGGCCAAAUGGGAAGCUCAUUCUAGCAUUCUCGAAGCUCACGGUCUUCUGCUGGCAGUGGAGUGGUUGCUGCGCACACCUGUGAACUUCAAUCGCCGGUUGGUCGUGCUGGUGGAUGCUAAGGCAGUUCUUGGCGCGGCAAGCAAGGGCAGAACAUCAGCACCACGUUGCUGGCCUCUUGCUGGCAACCAACAGCCUGUUGCGACUGGUGUAUGUGCCGUCAGAGCACAUCCCUGCAGACGCCCCAUCCUGUGGUGUGCGCAGGCGGCCCACAUGCCGGGUGAAGCGUCGCACCAAGAAAUCUCGAUUUGGCACACCUUUCAGCCGGUAUUUGGAGCAGUUGGAGCGCUCUGCAGAGGUUUUGAGCAAGGUGUGGGGGACCAGCUUUUGACUUUCCUCUUUGGGUUUUGCCCACACUCACCUACGCUCUGCUACUGGAACCGCUGACGGCAAAGCCGGGUUCUGUGUUCAGCAGUGUGGGUUACCACGGCCUGUGCCCACCGUGAAGUGCUUUGCGCAGCACGCUUACAGUGCAUGGUUUGACAGUUGUGCUUUCACGUCCUCUGCGCUCUGUCUACCUUCUUUUUACAAGCCUUUUGCUUGACGGCAGCCUCGGCUGCCAGCCGCUUGAGUAUGUUGGAUUUUGGUGGCUUUUCUUUGCGCCAUUUCACAUUACUGUGGUGGCCAGCUGUUGCUGAUGCAGCGGCAUGCUUUUUGAGGAGUUGCGUGGAUUCUCUACAAUCAGGUGUGCGUGGGCAAAAGCUUCCGAAUUCGUAGUAACCUUUGAGCAUUCAGCAAGAUGGCUGAAGCGCAUGAGACGACAAUACAUAUAUC